AUGGCCUCGACUCUAUCAGGUUCCGCAUACGCUUACAUCCUCCCUUCGCGAUGGCAUAGGGUUUUUACAACUAAGGCUCAGCUCUUGACUGCGCCUUCAGUCAUAUUCACUGUCAUUUUUACCUAUAUUCGGGCUGGGCAAGCGACAAGUGUGAAAUCAAUGAGAGGGCCGGUGAUUAUAAUGGCACGAGGCAAUAGGAGCCUUCGGAGUGCUCCUUGCGGCUGCGUUGGAUAUGCUGACGACUCGUCUGGGGACCGGCUUCUUCCAUAUUCCAAAAGGGCUGUUUCUGCUGCUACAUGCAUGAUGGGAGGCGGCGUGGGUAGCAUCAUUGCGUGA